UGUGGAUACUACCAGCGGUAUGGGCUGUGGAAGAAGUGCUUAUGGAUUCAACAACAGCAACAGCAGAAUUGGGCUGGACCAUCAACCCAUCGCAAGGGUGGGAAGAGGUUAGUGGCUAUGACGAAAACAUGAACACUAUUCGAACAUACCAGGUGUGCAAUGUCUUCGAUAGCAGCCAGAACAACUGGGUACGCACCAAAUACAUCCGCCGCCGUGGUGCUCAGCGUAUCCAUGUACAGAUGAAAUUCUCAGUGCGUGACUGCAGUUCCAUACCUAAUGUCCCCGGUUCCUGCAAGGAAACCUUCAACCUGUACUACUAUGAGUCUGACUCGGACACAGCUACUAAAUCGUCCCCACCGUGGAUGGAGAAUCCCUGGGUGAAAGUUGACACUAUAGCUGCUGAUGAGAGCUUCUCUCAGGUUGAUCUUGGUGGCCGUAUCAUGAAGAUCAAUAGUGAAGUACGGAGCUUUGGACCUGUUUCACGCAAUGGCUUCUACCUCGCUUUCCAGGAUUAUGGUGCUUGCAUGUCACUCAUCGCUGUUCGAGUCUACUACAGGAAAUGUCCUCGUGUGAUCCAGAACGGCGCUGUCUUUCCUGAGACUCUGUCUGGAGCAGAGAGCACCUCUCUGGUAGCAGCCAGGGGUGUGUGUGUUCCCAAUGGUGAGGAGGUGGAUGUACCCAUCAAGCUGUACUGUAACGGAGAUGGAGAGUGGAUGGUACCAAUUGGACGCUGCAUGUGCAAAGCUGGGUACGAAGCAGUAGAGAAUGGUACAGUCUGCAGAGCUUGUGUAUCAGGCUUCUUCAAAGCUGCACAGGGAGAUCACAAAUGUCUGCAGUGUCCCAUUAACAGCAGAACCACCAGCGAAGGAGCAACUAAUUGUGUCUGUCGCAAUGGUUACUACCGCACUGACUCCGACCCUCCAAAGAUGCCCUGUACAACUGUUCCGUCAGCUCCACAAAAUGUCAUCUCCAUCGUGAAUGAGACCUCUCUGAGGCUGGAGUGGAGCCCACCACAGGAGGGCGGUGGCCGGGAAGAUGUUGUCUACAAUAUCAUAUGUAAGAGCUGUGGCAGUGGGCGAGGUGGCUGCACCCGUUGUGGAGACAAUGUGCAGUUUGUUCCACGUCAGCUGGGACUGACUGACACCCGUGUUCACAUAAGCGACCUCCUGGCUCACACCCAGUACACCUUUGAAAUACAAGCUGUCAAUGGAGUGUCUGACCAGAGUCCUUAUUCACCACACUACACGUCUGUCAACAUCACCACCAACCAGGCUGCACCAUCGGCAGUGUCCAUCAUCCACCAGGUCAGCAGAACCCCUAACACCAUCACUCUGUCUUGGUCCCAGCCUGAUCAGCCCAAUGGAGUCAUCCUGGACUAUGAGCUGCAGUACUAUGAGAAGAACCAGGCAGAAUGGAACUCUUCUCUAACAAGGAGUCAGACCAACACUGCAGUCAUAAGAGGCUUGAAGCCUGGUACUAUCUACGUUUUUCAAGUUCGGGCUCGGACUGUUGCUGGAUUUGGCCGGUUUAGUGGUAAAAUGUACUUCCAAACUAUGACUGAAGAGGAGUAUAACUCCAGUAUCCAGGAGAAACUCCCCCUCAUCAUUGGUUCAGCUGCUGCAGGGGUGGUCUUCAUCAUUGCCAUCACUGUCUUCAUAAUUGUCUGCCGCAGCAGGAGAAGUUCAGACAGACCAGAAUCAGAGUACACAGACAAACUCCAACAUUACACCAGUGGUCAUAUGUCACCAGGAAUGAAGAUCUACAUUGAUCCCUUCACAUAUGAAGACCCCAAUGAAGCAGUCAGAGAGUUUGCUAAGGAGAUUGACAUUUCUUGUGUCAAGAUCGAACAAGUUAUUGGUGCAGGAGAGUUUGGGGAGGUGUGCAGUGGAAACCUCCGGCAGCCUGGGAAGAGAGAGAUCCUGGUGGCUAUUAAGACGCUGAAAGUCGGCUACACUGAACGCCAGAGGCGGGACUUCCUGAGCGAGGCAUCCAUCAUGGGCCAAUUCGAUCAUCCCAACAUUAUCCAUCUGGAAGGGGUGGUGACCAAGAGCAGCCCUGUGAUUAUCAUUACUGAGUUCAUGGAGAACGGAUCUCUUGACUCCUUCCUCAGGCAAAAUGACGGGCAGUUUACAGUGAUCCAGCUGGUGGGAAUGCUGCGUGGCAUAGCAGCAGGAAUGAAGUAUCUGUGUGACAUGAACUAUGUCCAUAGAGACUUGGCAGCUAGAAACAUCUUGGUCAACAGCAACUUGGUGUGCAAAGUGUCGGACUUUGGCCUGUCCCGCUUCCUCGAGGAUGACACCUCAGACCCCACCUAUACCAGCGCUUUGGGAGGAAAAAUUCCCAUCCGGUGGACGGCUCCUGAGGCCAUUCAGUACAGGAAGUUCACCUCUUCAAGUGAUUGCUGGAGCUAUGGCAUAGUUAUGUGGGAAGUGAUGUCAUAUGGAGAGAGGCCCUACUGGGAUAUGAGCAACCAAGAUGUUAUCAAUGCCAUAGAGCAGGACUACAGGUUGCCACCCCCUAUGGACUGUCCUAGUGCCCUGCAUCAGCUGAUGCUGGACUGCUGGCAAAAAGACCGCAACAACCGGCCAAAAUUCAGCCAGAUUGUCAGCACUCUGGACAAGAUGAUCCGCAACCCCAACAGCCUCAAGGCCAUGACACCGCUGUCAUCAAGUGUUCACUUACCUCUCCUCGAUCGCAGCACUCCAGACUUCUCCUCUUUCAGCACAGUGGACGAGUGGUUGGACGCCAUUAAGAUGGGCCAGUACAAAGAGAACUUUGCCAACGAAGGCUUCACCAGCUUUGAUGUGGUGUCUCAAAUGACCAUGGAGGACAUUCUCAGACUGGGAGUGACAUUGGCUGGCCACCAGAAGAAGAUCCUCAACAGCAUCCAAUCCAUGAGGGCCCAGAUGAACCAGAUCACUUCAGUGGAGGUGUGAUACCAGGAGCACACAGACUCUGUUUACUGUUGCAAACCCAGCAGCCACCAACCCUGCAUUCCCCUGGAACCUCUGAGAAAGGGUUAUGACCUAACACGCAGACUGUGACUUUGAUCCAACCUCAGACUCUCCCUCCCUCACUACACACUCUCGAGAAGGUUUAUUCAGUCUGCAGAGCACACAGAUGUUGUGUAAGUUUUCUUGUAGCUGCUCUAUGUCAAGGUAACAGUCCCGUCUCAAACUCCAAAAGUCCAUGUCUAUUUAGUGGAACAUUCUUGUUUUUUUUAUUUUAUUUCACUGGUAAGUGAUACCCCAGCAACCUUUUGUACAAGAUUCUCUGUCAAAAAUAAAAAUGAAAAAAAAAAUGAAAAUCAAUGCAACAGAAUUCAACUAAAUGUCUACUGCAAAAUGCAAGAUGCAGCUUAUAGUUGGCACUCCCUGUUGUUUUCAGUGGAUUGAUUUAAGUUCUGUCUUUAGGUGCUUAUUGACGGCGGGUUCUUUCUGCUCACUCUGACACACGGUGAUGUUGAUCUUCACUGUAGAUUUUGAUCAGGAGCAGGGCACAAUGCUGCUACCACAGUUGUUUUAGUUACUGUUACAGUUUCCAUCAUAUCAAAUCCCAUUCCAUCUGAUCAGAAGAUCAGCAGUUCGAUCGCCAGCUCCUCCAGGCUGCACGUUUUGGGCAAGAUACUGGACCCCAAAUUUCUCCCGAGGAUGUGCCAUUGGUGUGUGAAUGUGAUGUGUAGAGUAAAAGAGCUUUGAGUAGUCAGAACACUAAGAAGUCCACUUACCAUUGGCAUAUUCAUAAGCAGUUUAAGACAUUAAAUGUAUUUGCAUUCUGUAGUUUCCUCUUUAUGUAUUAGUUUUCACUGUUACUAGUGAAAUCCACAUA